UUAAAUCUGAGGCCGAGCCCUGCAUCUCCCGGCGUGCUGCGGUGGAACGGUUUUUGAUCUGUGUUGAUUUCAGAUCCCCGGCUCGUCCGGGGCUCCCAUUCUCCUCUUCUCCCCACUGAGCUGCUGCCUGGUGAAGAGGAAGCCAUGGCGUUCCGGGUCACCAGGAACACGAAAAUUAAUGCUGAAAAUAAGGCGAAGAUCAGUAUGGCAGGCGCAAAGCGCGUGCCUGUGGCCACUGCUGCAGCCUCCAAGCCCGGGCUGAGGCCAAGAAUGGCGCUUGGAGACAUCGGUAACAAAGUCAGUGAACAGCCACAGUCCAAAUUGCCUUUGAAAAAGGAAGCAAAAACUUUAGCUGCUGGAAAAGUUGUUGCUAAAAAACUACCAAAACCUCUGGAAAAGGGACUCGAGCCCAUGCCUGUGCUGGAGCCGGCGCAAGAGCCAGAACCUGAGCCCGUUAAAGAAGAAAAACUUUCGCCUGAGCCUAUUUUGGUUGAUACUCCCUCUCCAAGCCCAAUGGAAACAUCUGGCUGUGCCCCUGCCGAAGAGUAUCUGUGUCAGGCUUUCUCUGAUGUACUUCUUGCAGUGAAUGAUGUAGACGCAGAAGAUGGAGCCGAUCCCAACCUUUGCAGUGAAUAUGUGAAAGACAUCUAUACUUAUCUGAGACAACUUGAGGAAGAGCAAGCAGUCAGACCAAAAUACCUACUGGGUCGAGAAGUCACUGGAAACAUGAGAGCCAUCCUAAUUGAUUGGCUAGUGCAGGUUCAAAUGAAAUUCAGGUUACUGCAGGAGACCAUGUACAUGACUGUUUCCAUUAUUGAUCGGUUCAUGCAGAAUAAUUGUGUGCCCAAGAAGAUGUUGCAGCUGGUUGGUGUCACUGGCAUGUUUAUUGCGAGCAAAUAUGAAGAAAUGUACCCUCCAGAAAUCGGGGACUUUGCCUUUGUGACUGACAACACUUACACUAAGCUCCAAAUCAGACAGAUGGAAAUGAAGAUUCUAAGAGCUUUAAAUUUUAGUCUGGGUCGCCCUCUACCUCUGCAUUUCCUUCGGAGAGCAUCUAAGAUUGGAGAGGUUGAUGUGGAGCAACAUACUUUGGCCAAAUAUCUGAUGGAACUAACUAUGUUGGACUACGAUAUGGUGCACUUUCCUCCUUCUCAGAUUGCAGCAGGAGCUUUUUGUUUAGCAAUGAAAAUUCUUGAUAAUGGUGAAUGGACGCCAACUCUACAGCAUUACCUGUCUUACACUGAAGAAUCCCUUCUUCUUGUUAUGCAACACCUGGCUAAGAAUAUUGUCAUGGUGAAUCGUGGGCUUACAAAGCACAUGACUAUCAAGAACAAGUACUCCACAUCUAAGCAGGCUAAGAUCAGCACUCUAGCGCAGCUGAAUUCUGCAUUAGUUCAAGAUUUAGCCAAGGCUGUGGCAAAGGUGUAACUUGUAAACUUGAGUUGGAGUGCUGUAAUAAUGUGCAAAUAAAAUUGGCACCAUGUGCUAUCUGUAUAUAUUAUUAUGUUACAUUUACUUACUUUUAAUAAAGUUGCAGUCCUUUUUACUUCUCAUCCCUUAA